AUGAAGGAGCAUGUCGCCACUAAGACAACGCAGGCUGAGCUGGGCGUUGUGGGACUUGCACUUGAAGACACAACACAUAAAUACUUUGAAUGUAGCAUCGUGGACGAUGAAGCGGGGAAGCUGAUGUCGGAAAGUUCUAGUGAACAGGAAAAUUGGCGGAUGGAUAAUGAAAGUGAUGAUAGUGAUGAACUUGGUAUAUCGGUUGUACAUAUCAGAGCCGAAGAACAGUCCUCUGCCCUGAAGUUAAAUGAAGUUAGAGAAGAAAACGUCAGCAUAGACUCGUAUGACGUACCAAUACAUCCAAAUGAGAGCUGCAAGGUGCAUGCAAAGCUAUUGGGCUCAAAUCUUGAUAUCAUGCCAGACUUCGAUACUGAGCGAUUAACUUCGACUUCCUAUAUUGCGCACUCGCCUUUAAGUGUGGACAAAUGCAGCUUUAGAAGUAGCAUAAGACAAUCCUUAAUAACCACAACAGAUGAUGGAGUCAACAAUGUUGAGGAAAGAAAAGCACAUUCAGAACCAUUGUCGAGCUGCAGCCAACUCAAGGAUCAUAGUGGCGUAGUAGAGAGUAUUAAAUACGCUAACCAAGCUGGUGUAGCCCUCUCAAAAAUGGAUGCCAAUAUGUCUGGCCUGGAAAAGAGUGGAAUAGUCUGUGUUGAGUCUAGCAUACUGGAUUUUUCUGUACCAUGCGAAGCAGGCAAUGCUUUCAAUGUAGUCGACAGUGAUGAUUGUCUUGAUAUAGAUUUUCCUGACAUAUUGUUAACUGAUGACCAUGUUGUGAAAGGAACGUCUCUUAACUCUGACCGAAGUACUUUGGCCGAAUGUGGCAUGAAUAACAAAAUGGUGAAUUUAGCGUGCAUCGAUCAAACUAGAAACGAAAACACUGAGCGCUUGCAAGUUGAUCCAAGUCACAAUGUGAAGCAUUUAGAUGCUGCAGGCAUUCAAACAGCCAAUAAAUUUGAAAAUCCGACUAGUGUUUCGAACAAUGCGGUGUUAGCAGUUCGAACACAAACAACUUCGUUUAUUGUACCAUUGCUAUCUAGCGAGGAUAAUCACGAACGAGAAAGCAAAUGCCCAAUUCCCAAUGAGUCUUUGUCGAGCCUCACAGAUAAAAGCCAUGGCAGCGAUUCUCAAUGCAUAGUGAAAAUUAGACAAGAAUGUAUACAUCCUUCAGUGUUGGACAGUGUUGUCGACGAUUUUCAUGCUAAUCGCGACGCAGAAGUAUCUUUCAAGCCAUGUAAUUUAUUUGACGCAAACAGACAAUCUGACCAAAGUGACGAUGCACAUCGAAAAGCUUUAAGCUCGAUCACAAUUCCAAAAGGAGAGGUGUUUGAGGAGCAGCUUCGAGCAGCAAAGAGCUCGAUAUAUGCGAAAUCAAUUUCAGUGGACGAAAGCCAAAUAGGUGACCACGUGGAUGUAUCAGCUAUGUCACUUCGGAUGAAAGGCGAUAAAAUCUUAGACAAGAAAGAUACAAUGAAUGCACCCGCUUAUAGGUCGUCCUUUUCAUUAAGUCUGAGUCGAUUAGGCAAAGACGAUUGUCGUCUUAAGUCUGAAGAGGUAGAAUCAGAUGACACCGAACGGCUGCUUUCGGGUCAAAGUACAGUCAGCUUGCAACAAAGUGGACAAUCUGGUCAGAUUAUUAUACUCAAUACUGAAGAGGAUGACGAUCAGUCUGGUGGAGAUUAUUCACAAACACAAAGUGAUGACGAUGGUGACGAGUUAGCUGAAAAUUUAAGUCGAACUCGUGAGUUCAAUGAGGUCUGUGGUGCAUCAGCUACUGCAGAAGAGAAUAUAGUUUAUGCAAUGGUACAGACGGAAAACACAUCUCUGAAUGUGGAAAGGAAAACACUUACGAACGAAGACACUGCAUCAUACGAGUCUUUGAUGACAACAAGGGAAAUUGCAUUCACGCUUUCGGAUGAUAAAGGUAUUGACAACAUGAAAACAAAGAAGCGUUUCGAGAAUACUGCGCUGAUAAAUUCGAUAAUAUCCUUCGACCAAGAUUCUUUGGCCAAAUAUGUAAAGAAAUCUAAUUCAGAGCUCUCAGCUGCGCAUGUCACGAGUGAUGAGCAAAUUGACGAAAAAGAUGUAGAAUAUGAUUCAGCUCUAGGGCUGAAAAUUUAUCAACGUGAGCGACUUGAUACAUGCGACUCACUGGAAGAGCUAAGUCAAAUAGAGUGCGAUACUGUAGCAAAAGGCGUUCACACAUACGAUAUACAAAAAGGACCCUCAUCAAACAUAGCAAGUGAAGAAUCAUUCCAGAAAUCUGAGUCUAGUACAGAAAGUGAUUUCUUGACAAAUGCACUUGAUGACGAUUUAGUGAGAAGGCCUUCAACAAAACGAAAUAGGCGAAAAAGCGAGGAUAGUGAAUGCAGCGCUUUUAACGAGUCAACGCCAGUGAUUACGAGAUUGCAUGAAGAGGAAAUUGGCAGCAUUGAUGGUGAACACGAAUGUGAUGAUAUUUCGGAGUCAGACAGCGAUGAUGACUCCAGUGAUGCCGACUGUAGUGUAGAAGCUACUGAUCGAACCCGUCGACUGACAUUCGACUCAUACAUGCAAUUAGACCGAGAUGACAACAAAAUUGAAAGUUUUGAUGCAGAACUCCCCAAGCAACUGCUCGAACAUCCAGUUGAUAAGUGGUCUGUUGAAAAUCUUAGAGUAGCAGAACAAUCGAAAACUACGGAGAUAAACGAAGACAAAGAAGUCAAUAACUCGAACACUCUGAUGGAAGACGUCGAGAUCUUAGAAGCGAAAAAGACGAUAAAAAUGCAAGCACAUGUACAGAUAUCCUCUGCGGAUUUAAAUCGAUUUGGCAUGGAUGCUCCUUAUCGAGAUUUCGGAGAUGAUGCUGAAAUGGAUGAGAUCGAAUUGCUGCUUUUAAACCAGAGUUCGUAUACUGUGCAACACAGUUACCAAGGGCCUCGUCAAAUCAAUAAACUCAGCGGUAUGGAUGAUAACAACAUAUCCGAAAAAAAUUCGCCGCUAUCACAUAGCGAUGAAGAUCAAGAUGAUGAUUUCGGUGAAUCUUCAUAUGAAGAAGACAAGGUUGGCAACUCGAGUGCUGUGCUGGUCGAUGGUAAGUCGACUCAGAACGAGCAUUCACCAGGAGGGGAGGAGAGAGCAUACGUAACUCGACGUAAAGACGACGCAGCAUUUCGUCAAUCUUUGAUGACAGUGAAGACGACUGUAUUGGCAAAUAAAGAUGACGAUACUUCUUUGAUAGAAGUAUCGGCUGCUAGCUCUGACGAGAUCGAAUCACAGCAUAGUUUUGAAGAUAGGGCUCAAGAAAGCUUGCCAGAUAGCUCUCACCGCGGUUUUAAAAAGGACAACUCGUGGGAACAAACAGCGAUUGUUACGAGCGAUUACGAUGACGAAGUGAACUUAGCGAAUGAUUUAGCAACGAAGACAGCGAGUGCUGGUUUAAAACAGGUUGAUGCUGGUGGCUCGUUGAGAGGUUUUAAUCAUACAAAACAUGUAAUGGAGGUGAAUGGUGUGGAAAGGUUUGUAUUAGAAGCUUAUUCGUCCCGCUUGGCAAGUGGACUAUUACGGAAUUCCUCACCUGAUGAAUAUGUAGCAAGUUCUGAAAACGAAUUACCAACGAAUUCAGAGCAUUCACCCGAUGAUAGAAAACUGUCAGUUAGAGAUGACGAAGAAAGCGCUUUAGAAGAGUCAGUAUCAACUUUUGUGAAAAUUCAUGCGGCAGAGGAUAAAGUUGGUAGCGAUUGGCUCGUGUAUGACGAUUCUUUUCCAUCCGACAAAGACAGCAACCAUUGUGACGAUGCUGAUCAGUUAGAUCUACUGAAAGAUUUGUUUGAAACAAACAUUGUAUUAGAUAGUGACGACGAAGCAGAGGUACCUAAACAUUCAAGUGAAAGCCAGAUAGAAGAGGAGGAUGAGUGGUCCGAAGAAUGUCUUGGAGCUGUCGAAAGAUCAAUUGAUCCCGAGUUGAUACUGAACAAGGCUUUUGACAACGUCGAGUGUACCCUUGCACCGGCGACACUCCGGAUGGAGGACGAGGAAAGUCCAGACGACGAGGAGACAGCAAGUGUGCAAGCUCAACAAUCGUCAGUUCCAGCAACGUUGAGUCGAUUGAACACCCGUCGUUUGAGUUUUGAAGAAGACGAAAUGGAUGAGAUUGAGCGACUGCUUCUAGAUCAAAGUGCGUCUAUGUUUCAGCAGCGAGAUCAAUGGCCGAGUCGAUUUAUUGAACCUGGUACUGAGAAUAUUCAUUUUGGGUUAAAAAAAUCUUCUCUUAAGUCACGAGACGAUAAUGUUGAAAUUGAUGAAUCUGAAGAAGAUCCUAUUCCAAUUUGUGGAUUUGACGCUCCCAAAGAUUUGUCGAUUUAUUCUCGCGAAGAUAAUUCGAGUGCCGCCGUGAUAUCGCACUGCGCUGUCAAAGCUUCAAUCGGAUCCAAAUUUCAAAAGUCCAAGCCACUUGUCAGGUCUGAUACCGAGAAUAGCGAGGAAAAAAGCUUAAGUUCUGAUCAACUUCAAAUGCACGAGUCAAUUGAGCUAUUUGAAUCGCUUCACAAAUCGCGCAAUAUUGACGAGUUUGGCGAAACAUUUACUCGCCUUCAAUCUUGUGAAGAGGAUGAGGUUGGUGAGUGGCCGAAUCGCUUUAGAAUUUCUGAUGGCGGCGAUUCUGAAGAGUCUAUCGAGAAGAAUAAAAAUCCGCCUAGGGGACUCUACUUACGAGAGAUCGAGCAGUCUGCAAGUCCUCAACUCUCAACUGACAAUGCGAUGAUUACCCAGGAACGAUCAAUGAACACAUCAACAACCAGUCAAGACAGCGUUAAUGAAGUAGAGCAUGAUUAUACUGAAGACUCGUUUGAUCUUGAUGAUUCAAUGGAGGAUGAAGACGAUUAA